GCCUCUCAGCAAUGGUUGCAACCAAUAGAUUUAGAAAGAACUCCAAUUGGUAGUCAAUUAUGUGCUCAACAUUCAGCUGCCCUUUGGCCCAACAUCUUCAAUUAAAUCUUUCACUUAACUUUCAUUAUCGAGAAAGCUUCAAUUCAUAAUCACGAACCUUUCACUGCCAAAAUGACUCGCGCAACCAUUUCAACUGCGAAAAGUCAUCGACGGCGCUUUCGCGAUUUCAUUCUCUGCCGUUCUGCUUCUGAAUCAAACUCUCCGAAUCCGAUAUCAUCUAAUCAAUCAGUAGUACGGUCAAGUCCUGAUCCUAACCAAGACUUUUUCAAUAAGGUUUGGGAACGCCUUUCAGCACAGGAGCGAGUCACAAUAAAACAAUUAAAGAUCACAAACGAUAUUGAUUCAACUUUUGUUGCAACAUUGAAUACAGCAAGAGAGAAAAAAAGACUGUGCGAAGAAAGAAGAUGGAAGUUUCAAUUCGGAAAACGGACUUUGGUGUUACGAGACGAAGCUGAGAAGGUUUUAAGAGGCCUUCGAAAAUUCAAGGAAGUUGGAGAUAUUAUUGUGAAUGUGGAUCCCCUCCAUGCUGGAUUGCCAUGGGCUGCCAUUCGGCUACUACUUGAGGUAACGAUUUCCGAUAGCAGUCAAAUGGCUGUUCUUCUAGCGGGUCUAGAGAUAGCGCUUUCUAUAAUGAAUAGAUUGAAGGCAUAUAUGAAAUAUUUGGAAGACUUGCCAGCAACAAAGGAACGAGAUAUCUUCGAGAUAUCAUUGAUGGAGCUUUAUGUAAUAACGUUACAGUUCCUUGUCCAAGCAAUCCAGAUAUAUCAGGAAAAUACGUUAAAAAGGAUCUGGAAUGCUUUCUGGCAGCCUAGUGAAGUGCUGGAUUUCGAGAAUCGAUGCAAUAAAAUCUCUGCAAGGGCAGAGAUUGAGGCCAGCAUUUGCGACCGCAAUCUUAAUAUCCUUGACCGACAACACACAAAUCAAAAACUAGAAAACCUUCGCAAUGUACUCAAAGAACUGGAAGAACUGCGAAAUAUCAAAGAAUCAGUUAGUGAAAUCUUGGAACAGAUAAAUUUGGAAAAGUUGCCAAUCGCCAAAUAUGCCACUUUCGAUUCAUAUCAAGACGAGCAUGAUGUGAGAUGUCUUCUGGGUACCCGAGUUGAGUUACUGGAACAGAUUUCAGGAUGGGCCGAGGAUUCCAAGGGCAAAUGCAUAUUCUGGCUCAAUGGAAUGGCUGGUACGGGCAAGUCUACCAUCUCGCGUACAGUUGCUCAAUCUUUCGAGGAAAAGACUCUCUUGGGAGCAAGCUUUUUCUUCAAACGAGGCGAAGGUGAUCGUGGGACUGCAAGCAAAUUUUUCACAACUGUUGCUCAUCAAUUAGUGGUUAAGCUGCCACAAAUGAUACCGUCUCUUAAGAAAGCGAUUGAUCUCGACCCAAACAUUUCCGGCAAAAGUUUAGCAAAGCAAUUUGAGCAAUUGAUUUUCAAGCCACUUACUGAAUUGAAUGCUUCACCACAGAAAUCUAUAUUAGUUCUGGUGAUCGACGCGCUAGACGAAUGUAAGCGGGAAGAAGAUAUCAAAACAAUUUUGCAUCUUCUGACACAGAUCAAUCAAUUAAAAUCUGUGUGUUUACGAAUUUUUGUGACUAGCAGACCAGAACUUCCAAUCCGUCUUGGCUUUCAAGAAAUGUCAAAGGAAAUACAUCAGGAUCUUGUAUUGCAUGAGAUUACAAAGACGACUAUCGAGCACGAUAUAACCAUUUAUUUAAAGCAUGAAUUUGAGAAUGUAAGGGCCAACAACGAUAGGGACUUACUCCACGGUUGGCCAGGAGAAGGAAGCAUUCAAGCUCUAGUUCAGAUGGCUAUCCCUUUGUUUAUUUUUGCAGCUACUAUAUGCCGUUUCAUCGCAGAUCAAAAUUGGGACCCAAAGGACCGCUUGAAAAUCAUUCUUCAAUAUCAAACGGCUUCAAACAUAUCGCAACUUGGUAAAACAUAUCUACCAAUUCUAAAUCAGCAGCUUAUCAAUCAAGAUGCGGAGGAAAAGAGAAGACUUAUCCAAGAAUUUAGAGAGGUAGUUGGAGCGAUUAUAAUCCUUGCUGAUCCACUUUCAAUUGUCUCACUUGCACGUCUACUUGAUGUCGAUCAGAAUUAUGUAGAGCGCCGUCUUCGAUCUCUGCACUCAGUUCUCGAUGUUCCUUCUAGCGAAGAUGCUCCAGUAAGGCUCUUUCAUCUUUCGUUCCGGGAUUUUCUUCUUGAUCAUUCAGAAGAUGACGAAAACAAAUUCAGAAUGAAUGAGAAGGAAUUGCAUGGAAGAAUAGCCAGCAAGUGCCUUCAACUCAUGUCCAGACCCGAGUGCCUUAAACAAGACCUAUGCAGCCUAGGUGAACCUGGGAUAUCACAAAUUGAUGUUGAUAAGGAUAUUGUAAAUAAAACUCUGCCGCCAGAUUUUCAAUAUGCUUGUCGUUACUGGGUAUAUCAUAUUCAAGGGAGUAAUGAUGUGCUUCUGGACAAUUGCCAAGUUUACAGGUUUCUUCGAGAGCACUUUUUACACUGGGUUGAAGCUAUGAGUUUGAUGGGAAAUAUUUCAGAAUGUAUUACUGCAAUAAAAAGUUUAGAAUCUUGUAUCUCGGUGAGUCAGAAUAGCUUGAAAAAAAGCAUUCUAUUAAUGGGUGCCAAGGUUGAGAAAGCUCCUGAACUUUUCGCUUUUACCCACGACGCCAAACGCUUCGUCCUUUAUAACCGAAUAGGAAUUGAACAAGCUCCUCUUCAAAUCUAUUGCUCAGGUCUUUUCUUUACUCCUGUGGAAAGCAUUAUUCGAAAAACAUUUCAAAAAUGUAUCCCCAAUUGGAUUUAUACAAUAUCAAGAACACAAUCAAAUUGGAGUGCCGCCCUUCAAACACUCGAGAGCCAUUUAAGUUCGAUUUAUUCGGUUGCCUUUUCGCCAAAUAAUAAAAUGAUAGCUUCCAGCUCUAACAAUAAAACGAUCUGGCUCUGGGAUAUCGCAACAGGCGAAUCGCUUCAAACACUCGAGAGUCAUUCGGAUUCGAAUAUCACAACAGGCAAAUCACUUCAAACACUUAAAAAUCAUUCGGAUUGGAUUAAUUCGAUUACCUUUUCGCUGGAUAAUAAAGGUUAUUCGGAUUGGAUUAGUUCGAUUACCUUUUCGCUAGAUAGUAAAGUGAUAGCUUCCGGUUUUAACGAUCAAACGAUCCGACUCUGGGAUAUCGCAACAAGCGAAUCGCUUUAA